CUGUGACAGUGGGGGUGAGCUGUAGGUGGGGCUGGAAGUCACAGUGAAGGUCCAGCUCACUGGCUAACCAGCUGUCUGCCUGCAGUCUGGGCUUCUUCACCUGCGAGGCAGCGGAAGUGCAGCAGAGGCUGCUUGUCGUUGAUUCCUAGAGAAGACACCAGGAUGCACAGCAACAAGGAAAACCCAACCCAACAAAAGCAACUUAACUGGAUUUGGAGUCACCGUGAACACAUACCUUUGGCUGCAGACGCAGUUUAGACUGAUGCGCUGGACUAUACAUUCUCCCACAUCCUGAGAAGUCUCCGUCCGGUCGACUCGUGCUUACAGCUACCCGGGUUUCCCAGGUCCCGCUCCUCCGCUGUCCCCUCUCCUCAUGCGAACCACCUUUGCCCAAAAUGACUGUACAGUGUGCAUGGCCACUCCCUCCAGGAAUGCUGGGAGCAUUGGGUGGCGGUGACUGCCAGGUGAUGAGGAAGGCAGUCCUGCAUGGCCUCUCUGGAUUUCCCAUGCCUCUAGGCCGCUUCCUGGUUUGGCGUAACUCCAACCUCUGCACUCCUUAGCCCGGAUGUGGCCAGGAAAAUGAGUUCCUUUUGGAGCCCCGUUAGGCCGCAUGAGUCGUCCUGUGUACUCAUCUGGCGCAAGGGACCGGACACUCAGCAGUCGCGUGUGACUCAGACCCAGCCUUCAAGACCAGGCUAUUAUUUUGUAAAUGUGAACAAGAGGAGCACAAGCGUCUCCCUUCACGUGAUCGCCUCUUUGCAGGGCCAAGAACUGUCGGGCAGCAGCCGCCGCUAUCCACGCUGCGCGCCAAGUGGCAUUAAGAACCUUACGUGCCACAGCCCGGCAGCGCGCGGAAACGACGCGGACAGCGGAAAUACAGUGCACAGGAGUCAAACUGUAUCCUGCCCCCGACCUUCCACCCCCGGCCGCUCCCAUUCUCGGUCACUCAAUCCAAAGCUGCCGGGGGGGAGGUGGCCCGGCAUGGCGCAUGCGUGCCUUGGUGCACACUAGCGCGCAUGCUCCGGAGCCUGCCCAUUUCCCCCUCCGAGAGCUGUGCAUGGUGGUACGGCCUGGGCGGGGCGAGGCUGAAGCCGCGAAAAUUGCGCGGGAUCCGCGGGAACUACCUUUUUGGCGCCAUGGCGCAGAGUCGUGUUACCGAUUUCUAUGCCUGCCGUCGCCCGGGCCUUACUGCUCCGCGGGCCAAGUCGGCCUGUCUCACCCCGAGCCCUGGUGGGCUCGUGGCUGCUGAGCUCACCCGGAGCAGCAGCCGCAAGCGCGCCCGGCCCCCAGCCGAACCCGGGAGUGACCAUCCCGCGCCACCCGCGCGCCGGAGGCUACGGCUGCCUGGAUUGGACUCCUGCCCCAGUGCCCCAGCUGAUCCCAGUUCCCCAGCUGAUCCCAGCUCACCAGCUGACCCCGGCUCCCCUGUUUGCCCAUCCCCCACCAAGAAAACAAAGAGUACCGCUGUUUCUGGAGGCCCACAGCGGGGCAAGGUCCCCUCAGAGGACUCCAUCUCCGAGCUCCAGACCUGCCUGAGGCGGGCACGGAAAUUGGGAGCCCAGGCACGGGCCCUGAGAGCCAGAGUCCAAGAGAAUGUUGUGGAACCUAGUACCACAGAUGACAAGGUGUCCACAGAGCAACCAUGUGUCGAGAAAGCUCCUGCCUACCAGCGCUUCCAUGCCCUGGCCCAGCCUGGCCUCCCGGGCCUUGUCCUGCCGUACAAGUACCAGGUGCUGGCCGAGAUGUUCCGCAGCAUGGACACCAUCGUGAGCAUGCUCCACAAUCGCUCUGAGACGGUGACCUUUGCCAAGGUCAAGCAAGGUGUACAGGAGAUGAUGCGCAAGCGCUUUGAAGAACGCAAUGUGGGCCAGAUCAAAACUGUGUAUCCCGCGUCGUAUUGCUUCCGCCAGGAGUGCAAUGUCCCCACCUUCAAGGACAGCAUCAAGAGAUCUGAUUACCAACUCACCAUUGAGCCCCUGCUGGACCAGGAGGCUGGAGGUGCCUCCCAGCUCACAGCCACGUGCCUCCUGCAGCGCAGGCAAGUCUUCCGGCAGAACCUGGUGGAACGCGUCAAGGAGCAUCACAAGGCCUUCCUGGCUUCCCUGAACCCCCCCAUGACGGUGCCGGAGGACCAGCUGACACGUUGGCACCCGCGCUUCAAUGUGGACGAGGUGCCAGAUAUCGAACCAGCUGAGCUGCCCCAGCCUCCGGUCACAGAGAAGCUCACCACUGCCCAGGAAGUGCUGGCCCGUGCCCGAGGCUUGAUGACACCCAAGAUGGAGAAAGCCCUGAGUAACCUGGCCCUGCGCUCAGCUGAGUCUGGUAGCCCUGGGCCCUCCACUCCAGCACUCCCCACUACCCCACCCUCCACCCCACCUGCUGCCUCUCCAAGUGCCCUGAAGGGUGUGUCGCAAGCCCUGCUAGAGAGGAUAAGGGCCAAGGAGGUCCAGAGGCAGCUGGCAAAGAUGACAAGGUGCCCCGAGCAGGAGCUUCGGCUGCAGCGGUUAGAACGUUUGCCAGAGCUAGCCCGAGUGCUGCGCGGCGUCUUUGUGUCCGAGCGGAAGCCGGCGCUCACUAUGGAGGUGGUCUGCGCGAGGAUGGCGGACAGUUGCCGAGCUGCCCUGAGCCCAGGGGAGAUGGAGAAACACCUGUUGCUCCUGGCCGAGCUGCUGCCAGACUGGCUCAGCCUGCAUCCCAUUCGCACGGACACCUACGUCAAGCUGGACAAAGCCGCCGACCUGGCUGGCCUCACAGCGAGGCUGGCCCGCCAUGUCCAGGCUGAGGGGCCGUGACUCUGAACUCCUUGCCCGAUGGCCUGUUUCUUUUAUCGGCACACAACGCACUUAAGCCUUGCCAACAUGGGCAGCUAUCGUGCCCAUGGGUCUCAGGAAGUGCUGGUUGGCGCUAAGUUGGUUCCUGGGGCUUUGGGGUAGCCCAGACUGCUCCAGGGCAGGUAGACUCCGGAGAGCAGGCUAUGUUGGACGGCCAUUCCACACACUACUCCGUACUAAGUAUGGUCGAGCCCAAGAUGGAGGCCUAGGCCAGCACAGCCUCACUUCUCUCUGCUUCCGGAAGCUGCAAGAGUUCAGAACCUUAAGAAUCGCACAGAGAUUGGGACUUCUGGCCUGACUUCACAGGACUGUGAUCUGAGAGUGAAAUUGGGCCUUGUGUAAAUAUGUGAAGUUUGGGUUUCGUUUUAAACCUUCUAUACUUCUGUACAUGUAAAAUUGAAAUAAAAUACUGAGAUUAUACUGAA